AUGAAAAAAAUAACCAAUCUAAAUACACGUGUUAAUAUAUUUGAUACACGUAUAAAUGAUAUAGCUGAACAAGUUGAACAACAUACUCGAGAAAUCGAACGUAUCGAUAUGAAAACAUUAAGUUAUGUUCCAUCUGAAUGGGGUCAUGAUGUAUGUAAACUUCUUAAUAUUCGUGCAGAUAAUGAUUGGCGUUUACUUGGUAAACGUUUUGGUUAUUCAACAAGUGAAUUAAAACAUUGGGCUAUGCAAACUGAUCCAUCAAUGUCUUUACUUAAUGAAUGGUUUAUGACACAUAAAACUGAUGAAGCAACAUAUGGACUUUUAAAAGUUUUAAAUGAAAUAGGUCGACAAGAUGUUAAAGAAAUAAUUCAUAAAGCUCUUACAGCAGCUGGUGAACUUAUACCAGAUGAUAUAUCAAUUGAAAUAAAACGUCUUCCACCAAUAUUUCUUUCUUAUCAAUGGGGUUCACAAAAAGCUAUUUUAAAAUUAAAAACAAAUCUUGAACAAGCUGGUUAUUCUUGUUGGAUGGAUACAGGACAAAUGGGUGGUGGGGAUAAAUUAUUUGCUAAAAUUGAUGCUGGUAUACGUGGUGCUAAAGUUAUUAUUUGUUGCAUGAAUAAAAAUUAUGCACAGUCAGAUAAUUGUUCACGUGAAGUACAUUUAACAAUAAGUACAGGUAAACCAUUAAUACCUUUACAAAUGGAAAAACAAACAUGGCCACCUGAAGGUGCACUUGGACCAAUAAUGAGUGAAUAUUUAUAUAUACGUUUUUAUGAUCGAAAAAAUAAUGAUGAAAAUUAUUGGCCAACUGAUAAAUUUACUGAAUUACUUGGUCAAAUACGUUAUCAUGUUGCACCUGAUCCUGAUAUGAUAACUCAACAAUAUUAUAAUUGGUUUGUACCACGUAUUGAUAAUUUAAUUUUUCUUCAAACACAAACAACAAAUGAUAAUAAAGAUAAAACUAUAAUUCAAGAUAAUAUACCACUUGUUGUUACUCAUCCACAAAUAAUGAUUUCAUAUCAAUGGGAUUAUCAAAUAGAUAUUGUUAAUUUAUAUAAAAAAUUAACAAAAUUAGGUUAUCGUUGUUGGCUUGAUAUAUUUCAAAUGGGUGGUGGUGAUUCAUUAUUUGAAAAAAUUGAUGCUGGAAUACGUCAUGCAAAAUGUAUUUUAUCAUGUAUAACACCAAAAUAUACAAAAUCAAUUAAUUGUCGACGAGAAAUGGCUUUAGCUGAUGCUCUUCAAAAACCUAUUAUACCACUAUUACUUGAAGAAACAAGUACAUGGCCACCAGCUGGUCCAAUGGCAAUGGUAUUUGCUGAAAAAUUUUAUAUUGAUUUUCGACGUUCAAUGAAUGAUAAUGAAAGAUGGGUUGGAAAAGAAUUUGAAUUAGUACUUGCUCGAUUAAAACAACUUAUACCUGAAGUACAAACAGAAAAACCUCAACGACAUUUAAUUGAUAUGCAACGACCAACAACAGCAAUAAAACAACAAGAUAAAAGACGACAACGAAUUAAAAGUGCACCUGUUACACCACAAAGUCGAGCAUGUUCUAUUAUGUAA